UUGUAUGUUUUCACAUCUAAGCACGUUUUGAAAACUGUCUGGUCUGACCAGAGAGGUUCAACCCAACUGUGUUCUCGCUGUGUUGCGCCACCUGGUGUUUCACGGAAGUCAUAGCCUUUACAUUCCUUUAGAAAACAGCCGCUGUGGAAGUUUGCUGCCUUCAACAAGCAAGGCCCACUGCUCCCCCUGCUGGUCGACAGCCAGAGCUGCAGCUUUAACGGACUCAAAAUUGCCUAUAAAAUUUCAGAGACGAUUAAAAUGUUUUUGCAGUAAACUGUGUGUAAUAGUGGAACGCCCUGCAAAAAGAGAGAUGUGUUAACAUGUUUAACUGUCAGUAGAAACUGGCUCAACCGCAACCUUUGUAACAUUAAACGUACUUAAUGCUGAAUGUGCAGCUUAUUUGGAAGAUGAUGUGAACAUUCUUGUAAUGUGAGUGUUUUCAGAUGUACAGAUCAACAUCCACUGAUUAACAUGAAGCAGCUUGACAUCCACAUCCAGCAGGGGGCGCUGGUGCUUUUCCGCAGGGGUCAAUGGGUGGAAAGCACGGAACGCACGGAUACUUGGCAGUCUUGUGACUGUUGUGUUUAUUCUUGUUAAAAUAACACUCUUCAGAUGUUAUUUUAAACUAUUCCGAGAUUACAAACUAGUGCCAAAUAGAUUUUUAAAAUAUUUUAGUUGCUCCUUACCUUAAAUUGCUAAUUUUGCUUGAACAUGGCUAUGAGUUCACUGUAGUCCAAACCAUGCAGUCAUUAGAUGUCACUCCAACAGAGCAUCUUUGGGAUGUGGACAAAUCUGCAGGAACCGUGUAAAGGUACCAUGACGGUAUGAACUUAAUGAACUAUGAAGAGUCGAGGAAACUGUCGGUCAAAUCUCACUUCAGCCACCAAUAAGAAACAGUUUGUUUUUUGUUGUUGUUUCAUCCUCAGAUGUUAUUGCAGGUUGUGUCGCAUUCCUGGAAGCAUGUCGGGACAGAAGGCGCAUUAAAAUAAGAAACCAGUUACAUGUGCUGUUUUCGUUCAGCGGCACCGGCGCGGGAAUGCUUCAUGCGAUACUUGGAAACGUCUGCCAGUCCUGAAACAGAGGAAGACGGAUACAAGAGACCGAGACUCGUUUUCCAGCCUCAGUGGAGUUUUGAUUUAAAUCCAGGAGUGACACUGAGGCUCCAAAACACACCAGUCCACACCCUUAGAAAUCUGCCACCUUUCAUGUUUCCUGCUCUAAUUUUUAUAUUUUUUAUACUGUUGUGUUUUCUGUUGCAUUCGCUCGGGCGCUCUCCACCCUGCUGAUGAACCAGUCAUAACAGUGACAUGAGGAAUUUACCUCGCCCUCGGGGCGCCGUGGUGCCUGUUUGUCCUUCUGCUUUUUCCCCUCUCUCUCUCUCUUUCUCUCUCUCUCCCUUUUUCUCCGUGUGUGUGUCUCUCAAGCAAACACACCACUCACUCUUUCUCUGAAACAAACCAGUGUAGCUCAGUGGUUUGUUGUAGGAGGUGCAGGCAGCUGUAUGGGGUAGCCCUCAGUUCGUGACCUCCUCUCCAUGGCCUGUCGUCUCUCCGCCUCUGGCUCCUACGCCGUAGUCAUCAUCCCACUGAGGACCAGCCUUCACAGCCAGGAGGCCCUUCGCUUCUACCUAUGGAUUAAGCGGAUGAAGGACCUGGAACAGGAGAAGGAUGCUCUGUGGUCGGGUCUGGAGGUUCUGGAGAAGGGUCGGCUGUGGUACUUCCAGCGGCUCGAGGAGAACAGGGCUCUGCGGUGCGUCGAGACCAGAUACAGCACCGGCGCUUACCACAAACGUGCAGCAGAGGCUCGGUCCUGCCUCCCCACACACAUCCAGCGGGUUAACGGCUCCCUCGGCUCUAUAAUGAGUGAACCCAACGUCAGCAGCAAUCCCUGUCUCUGUGAUCCACUGGCGGACAGUGACCUCCGCUGGCGAAACACGGUACUGACUCAGAAGGUGAGUGAGAAGAACCAUCGGAUCUCCGUGUUGGAGCUGGAAAAGGAGGCUCUCCUUGAUGAGCUAGAGGAUCUGCAAUUCUGCUGAGUGCCUGAAUUCAAAUGAGAUGAUCCGCACACCGUCGCCUCCCAGAUCGACUCAUUCUGAGGCGCUUAGUCAUUUGUAAAUAUAUAAAUCUAUAUUUAAAAGAAUAAAUUGCUAUAAAUUCUGCCUA